UGCUCUAUGCCAGGUACCCAGGCUGGAGGAGUGCAGCAGUUGUCAGCCUUCCUGGGCGGUGCUAUGUGGUGUCCCUGUGUCCCCAGAGAGGGAGGGGCCUCCACCAGGAGCUGAUGGCAGGCCCGGGCCCUGACCCAGGGACCCCUGCUGCCCUUCCCCUCUACACUCCAAGAUCUGACUGCGGGGGAGGGAGGGAGCCCCAGCCAGCCCACCCCAUCCUGAGCACCUCCCCUCCUUCCGCCUAGGGCUUCAGCCUGCCUCGCAGGGUGUCAGAGGGCGAGCUCUGGGCACGUGGGUGCGGUGGGGGGGGCACCUGGGUGGAGACUCGGGGACGCCUCGCAUCCCAGGCUCAGCUUCCCUGUCCUGGGACGGCUCAGACCAAGAAGCUCCUGUCAUAGUCAGGCCCGAGGAGGGUCCUCUGUUGAAGGUGGAGGUUUUCGGCCUGGACUUUGUGAGCCCUUCCCCCCGAGUUCAGGCCACCCCGGAACCCUGAGGAUGCCAGGCAGGCUCACGGAUGGGCACGCUGGCCCGUGGGCCUGGGGGUGGGGCGGGGGCACCACGUGGCCAUUGCAGCCCGUCCAGCAGGUGUGAGGGCUCUUGCUGGCAAGCCACCUGCUUGAGUUUUACCUUCAAAAUGUUCAGUCCCGAUGCCUUAGGUGGCCCUUCUCUCUGAAGCCCCCGCAGGCUCCACUGCUCUGGUCUUCUGCCCGGCUAAGGCUUGGUCCCCUGGCCAGUCCCAGUGGGCACUCAGUCCCUAGGCCCUGCCGAGGUGGUGGCCCAUCCCCAGCCUGGCUCUCAGGCCCUGCUGUCCUGCCCUCCCCGUUACGGCCCCACCACCUCUCACUGCCCGUCCUGCACGUGCUCUGGGCCGGGCGGCCUUGCUGCCUCUCUUGGCCGGUCCUUCUGCAGAGCUCUCCUUCAUCCUACGCUGCACCACCUGGCUGGCGCUGGAGGUUCAUGUCCCUGUCCCCUGAGCCUCAGUCAAACACUGGGCGGAGGCCUGCUGAGGGUGGGUGGCCGGGGACCCCAGCCAGUGCCAGUGGUCGCUUUGUCCAAGGUCAGCGUUGGGGGGUCUCUCAGGAGAGCCAGGAAGCAGCAGGGGCGUUUUCCCAGGACCAUGGGCAGAGGAGGCGUGACGGUGUCCUUCACGGGGAGCCUGGCGGCCACUGCACAACACAAGUCAAACCCAGUCCCGAGCCAGCCUGCCUGGGUUCAGAGCCCAGCUUGGCUCCUUGACCACAGCGUGACCUCACCUUUGUCCCUCAGGCUGUUCAUCUGGAAAAUGGGAAUAACAGCAGUGCCAGCCUCCCUCGCAAGAGUGCCGUGAGGAUCAAAGUAGAAGACACAGACGUACCAGACAUACUGCACUUAGAACAGUGCCCAGUGGCCUUAGCAAGCGUCACAAAGCUGGAAGGCAGAAAAUAAAUGGCUGGCUCAAAGCAGGUCCAAUUUGCGGGAGGGAAAAAGGGAAGAAGGACCAAAGUGUAUUGAAUAGGAAGACUUCAGAGAGGAGCUGAUGCCAGAACAGGGUUUUGAAGAAUGAAUAAGAGUUUGCCAGUAAGUCCGAAGGUGAAGUCUAGGCAACCUGCUGGGAAGGGAGGGGAUUUACUUGAGGUCAGUCCUUCGUUUGUUCACUCCUUUAUUCAGCAAGGCUUCCCCGAGCUGUCUCCUGCGGGGCCGUGGGGCACAGGAGGAGCCGACCCAGCCGAGUGGACCAGGCAGGUCUGGGUGUGGAUGGGGCUGAUUGAUGCAGGGCGAUCAGGACUGCGGUGGGGCUGCCCAUGGUGGGAGGGAUCCGCACCACCCGCUCCCAGCUACUCUCUGGUCUCAAGCACUGUGCCAGCCCCCCAGCCCGUCCCAUGUGUCACCCAGGCCAGCAAGCAUCCCGCCUGCAAGGAGGGGAGCAGGCAGACAGUGGCCGAGCCAGGGGUCUGCUCGGGGCCGGAGCCCUGCCCCCGCCCAGCCUGGUGGUGGUGGCGUUUGUACCGUGACCCCGGCAUGGCAGCGGCCGAGGUGCCCGGCUACCUCGUGUCCUCGCAGACGGAGAAGCACCGGCGGGCCCGCAACUGGACGGACGCGGAGAUGCGCGGCCUCAUGCUCGUCUGGGAGGAGUUCUUCGACGAGCUGAAGCAGACCAAGCGCAACGCCAAGGUCUACGAGAAGAUGGCCAGCAAGCUGCUGGAGAUGACCGGCGAGCGCCGGCUGGGCGAGGAGAUCAAGAUCAAGAUCACCAACAUGACCUUCCAGUACAGGAAAUUAAAAUGCAUGACAGAUAGCGAGUCCGUCCCGCCCGACUGGCCCUAUUACCUAGCCAUUGAUAGGAUUCUGGCCAAGGUCCCCGAGUCCUGUGAUGGCAAACUGCCGGACGGCCAGCAGCCGGGGCCCUCCACGUCCCAGACCGAGGCGUCCCUGUCGCCGUCUGCUAAGUCCACCCCUCUGUACUUACCGUAUAAGCAGUGCUCCUACGAAGGCCGCUUCCAGGACGAUGGCUCCGCCAGCUCCUCCAGCUUACUGUCCCUUAAGUUCAGGUCGGACGAGCGGCCCGUGAAGAAACGCAAGGGACAGGGCGGCCACUUGCAGAGGAAGAAGCUGCGGCUGCUGGAGACGAUGCUGGAGGAGCAGCGCCGGCUCAGCCGCGCCCUGGAGGAGACGUGCCGCGAGGUGCGCCGCGGGCUGGACCAGCACAGCCUCCUGCAGGCGCAGGGCCUGCAGCUGCAGGAGCGCAUGAUGAGCCUGCUCGAGAAGAUCAUCGCCAAGUCCGGGGUCUAGGCCGCCCACCGGCCCCCCGCCGCCGCCGCCUCGGCCUCCAGCGUUAAAGCCCCCCGGGCACGCGGCCGGCCGGGGCCCCGGGCUCACGGCAGGGCAGCUCCCGGGAAGAGCCUCCCGGAAUCUGCUCUCCAGUAUCGUCACUGUCGACGGUACUCGGAACGGCUUUUGAUGUUAAACGUGUCAUUUUCAUCACUGCCUGGCAGCGGAGGUCACAGUGCAGCCCUGGAGGGAGGCGCAGGCGGUCCCUCCCAAGACGAAGCGGGUGGACGCAGCGCGGGGGCAGGUGUGUCCCCCUCCCUGGGUCUGCUGCGUCGGCCCCGAGAGCCUCGAACACCUGGGCCAACCCCAGAGGCCCGCACCGCCUUCAGCGGCCUUUUCAUCUGUCCCCCCGGGACGUCGGGCGUCCCGACAGCGCUAAUAACAGCGGUGACCCUGCCCGCUGGGGACACCCUGUCCCGUUCCACCGUCUCUGCCCAGGGAUGCGGCGGGGAUGAGACGAGGCCGAGCCUCGGGGAACUGACACUCGGGGGGCAGGCAGGCGAGUGAGUGGAGAAGCCAGGUAACAGCAGGUUGUGAAAGUGCUGGCAGGGCAGGGCCGGGCUGGCCGUGGGCGCACGUAGCCGGCAGCCAUCCAGGGGCUGCCUCCCCGGGAGGGAGAGGGGCUGGGGGUGGGAGCCUCAGCGCUGCGAGAUCUGCCAGCAGGAAAGCCCUUCCAGAGCCCCCCCGCCCCCCAGUUCCUCCUGAGUCUCAUCUGGGCCCAGGUGGCUGAAAGAAGGCACCACAGGAGAGCCGGGGGUUACGUCUUGUUCAGGGCCUCCCUGGGGACGUAGCCUGGGACGCUGCCACUCCGUAGCUCUGGGGACGCUCUUCCAAAAAAGUGGGGAGAAAGAAGCCUCUUGAUAUGUGACUUUUGGUAGGAGAUAUGGCAGUCAGGUCCCAGUGAAAGGUCACAGCUAGUCACAAAGAACAGACGUCUCAGUUAAUGGCUGUAGCGCUUUUCUCUGUAUGGGAAGAACCGGAUUCAUUAAAACUUGCUGAGAUACACGUC